AUGUCUACCACGCUGACCGAGACCACCACUGCUACUGCAAAUGGGCCAACAAAUAUACACCACCUUAAUGGAAGCUCAAACAGUUUCAUCGAAUACGGUUCCACAUAUACACAUGCGGAAGACUUGAUUCCAGCCUCGGAAUACCAGGAGCGCAUUGCAAAGGUUCGAGAUGCGCUACCCAAGGCAGGCUUAACAGGUUUGAUAGGCUUUGGUGACUGUUGGCGUGGCUCCAACGUCUGUUAUUUCACGGAAUUUCGUCCCUUGGAUGGCGUCUCAGACAUCGCCAAUGCCAUCUUCUUUCUCGGAGUCGAUUCGGACCCCGCCCUUUUCGUGUCGAAGCAGUGCGUCAACUAUGCGAGCGAGUGUACAACAUUCCCCGUGUACAGCUUUGAUGAGCUGCACAAAAGGCUGAGUGCUUUUGCAGCAAAUCAUACCGGCACACUAGGUCUUGCAGGGCAUGCCUAUAUCCCUUGGGACCUUAUGAAGCGCGUGGAGGCCGCCGUCGGAAACCUGAAAAUUGAACCAACCAAGUUACUGGCAGAGAUCAAGGCAAUCAAGAGUGACCGUGAGGUUGCCCUGAUACUGAAGGCCUCCGCGUUGACUGAUGCUGCCAUGGUUGCUAUCCGAGAGACGUUGAAGGAUGGCAAGCCGCAUACCGAGCGUGAAUUAGCCCUCAUUGGAGAUCGGGCUAUGCUUGCUGGUGGUGCAGACCGUACUGCUUUUGAUGCAAUGGUCCAGGCAGGGCCUCGCUCAGGAUUCAAUCUCGCUCGCCCAACUGAUCGUGUUGUUCAACCCGGGGAUUUAGUGAUGACGGACAUUGGGGCUCGGUAUCGAGGAUAUGUUGCUGACGGCGGCCGGGGUUUCACUUAUGGUGAGGCGAGCAAGGAGAAGAAGGCCAUCGUGCAAGCUGCUGCGCGGGCCGUUGAAGCCGGUUUGAAGACCGCUCGUCCUGGCAUUACAUGUUCGGAUCUAAACGCCGUCAUUCAACAAUCGUUGGUGGAAAGUGGUUACGAAGAGUACUCGAGCGAAGCCCGUGGCCACGGAACUGGCCAUGGUACCGGCAUGGACUGUGAGGAAGAACAGCCAUGGAUUGGUCCCGGGAACCAAACCGUUCUGAAGCCGAACAUGGUGUUUACACUCAAGGCUACGAUUACCGUCCCCAACGUCGGUGGGCUUCGUACUGAGAGAAUUGUCCAAAUCACUGAGACUGGCGUGAAAGCACUUGACGUUUUCCCAAUGGAGCUGUACUGGUGA